AACAGCAAAGCAUUGUGAGGAACCCAGGAUUACAGGGCAGGUGGUGACACAACCUUUCGGGGGUCUGGAUUGCACCCCCAGAAUGUGACACAAGUAUCCCACAAAUUCAGUUGAUCUCGCUCGUUUUCUGUCACUUGUGCAGGGUUUCCAGUUUCCAAACCUGAUGUGAUCUCCUGGCUGGACCGAGGGGAGGAGCCAUGGGUCCCAGACCUCCAGGACUCUGAGGAAAGAGAGACCCUGAGAGAUACCUGCAUAGCAGAUGAUGGGAUGGCGAAUGAGGAGGAGAAUCCUCAACAAGACGAUGCUGAGCAAGUAGAAGCACAUGGGACGUUCUCAGAAAGAUCCAAAGGGAAUGUUUCCUGGAGUUGUGCACAGGCAAACGCCUGUGAGAGUCAGAACAGAUCAGAGAAAAAGUUCAGUAGAGGCUCAGAUCUUAUUAGACAUGAGAGAAUCAACACAGAAGGAACACCCUACAUCUGCCUGGAGUGUGGGAAAACCUUCAAACAUAACUCAGUCUUUAUCAUCCAUCAGAGAAUCCACACUGGAGAGAGACCAUACGCAUGCCCCGAGUGUGGGAAAAGCUUCAGUCGCAGCUCAAACCUUAUCACACAUUACAGAAUCCACACAGGGGAGAAACCCUACACUUGCCAUGAGUGUGGGAAAGGCUUCAGUCGGAGCUCAGAGCUUAUGAUACAUAGGAGAAUCCACACAGGAGAAAGACCCUACACUUGCUGUGAUUGUGGGAAAAGCUUCAUUCGGAGCUCAGAGCUUAAUAAGCACCAGAGAAUCCACACUGGAGAGAGACCCUACAGAUGUACUGAGUGUGGGAAAGACUUCAUUUAUAGCUCACAGCUUGUCACACAUCGACGAAUCCACACAGGAGAGAGACCCUACUCAUGCCUUGAGUGCGGGAAAGGCUUCACUUCUAGCUCACAGCUUGUCUCGCAUCAGAGAAUCCACACAGGAGAGAGACCCUAUUCAUGCCCUGAGUGUGGGAAAAGCUUAAGUUCUAAGUCACAGCUGGUCUCACAUCGGAGAAUCCACACAGGAGAGAGAUCCUAUUUGUGCCCUGAGUGCGGGAAAAGCUUCAGUCAUAGUUCACAGCUUAUCACACAUCAGAGAACCCACACAGGAGAGAAACCGUACACGUGUCCUGAGUGUGGGAAAAGCUUCAGUCGUAGCUCAAACCUUAUCAUGCAUCAUAGAAGCCACACAGGUGAGAAACCCUACACAUGCUGUGAUUGUGGGAAAAGCUUCAGUCGGAGCUCAGAGCUGAUCAGACAUCAGAGAAUCCACACAGGAGAGAGACCUUACGCGUGCCCAGAGUGCGGGAAAAGUUUCACUCGGAGCUCAGAUCUUAGUAAGCACCAGAGAAUCCACACUGGAGAGAGACCCUAUAGAUGCCCUGACUGCGGGAAAGGCUUCCGUUACAGCUCACAUCUCGUCUCACAUCGGAGAAUCCACACAGGAGAAAGACCCUACUCAUGCCCUGUGUGUGGGAAAAGCUUCACUGAUAGUUCACAGAUGAUCACACAUCAGAGAAGCCACACAGGGGAGACCCCGUACACGUGCCCUGAGUGCGGGAAAAGCUUCAGUUGGCACUCAAACCUUAUCACACAUCAGAGAAUCCAUACGGGAGAGAAACCAUACACAUGUCCUGAGUGUGGGAAAAGCUUCAAUCGGCGAUCAAACCUUGCUGCACAUCACAGAAUCCACACAGGGGAGACACCCUAUAGCUGCCCUGACUGUGGGAAAAGCUUCAGUCGGAGCUCAGAGCUCAUCAUACAUAAGAGAAUCCACACAGGAGAAAGACCCUACACUUGCUGUGAGUGCGAGAAAAGCUUCAUUCGGAGCUCUGAGCUUAUCAUACAUCAGAGAAUCCACACUGGAGAGAAACCCUUCAGAUGCCCUCAGUGCGGUAAAGGCUUCAGUUAUAGCUCACAGCUUGUCUCACAUCAGAGAAUCCACACACGCGAAUAACACUAUGCUUGUAUUCAGUAGGGCUGCCCAAAGAUUUUUUGUUUCUUUUUUGUUAUGGGUUUUUUGUUGGGUUGGUUGUUUGGUGUUUUUAAUACAUUGGCUAAUUCCCACAUAUUGGUCUUUAAGGUUGAUUGCACCAUUUCCUUUACUGUUGUCUCUCAGCUCCCUUCUGGUGGGUUGCCACCUUCUAUCUUUUGCAGCUCACCUUACUUUGGGGUGAAUCCUGCGAUCCUUUCUAUCAGCUCCUUUUGUCUUAUGAGUUAUGGGAAUGUGUGUUCCUCCUGGCAGAAAUGUCCAUCAGUCCGAGUUGGGGGAGAGAGGGUUGACCUCAUCUAGCUACAGUGAGAUAAAAACUAUCUGUGCCUUGUCUCCACUAGAACUGUACAUUGAGUUAGGACAUGUCUACACUACCACUUAUGUCAGCAAAAUUUAUGUUGCUCAGGGGUGUGAAAAAACCACACACCCCGAGUAGCAUAAGUUUUGCCGGCAUAAUUGGCAGUGUACACAGCGCUAUGUCAGUGGAAGAGCUUCUCCCGCGCACAUAGCUAUCGCCACUCGAUGGGGGUGGUUUAAUUAUGUCAACGGGAGAGCUCUCUCCCGCCAGCAUAGAGCGACUACACAAGAGAUUUUACACUAGCGUGACUGCAUCAAUCCAGCUGUGCCGCUGUAAGGUCUCUAAUAUAGACACGACCUAAAUUGCUCAAAUUAGCUAUUUUGAUGUAAAAACACAACUAUCUUUUCAGGGCAGACAUAACCCAGGUGCAGUGGUUGUGGUUAGCUUUCCCCUUGUGCUCACCUGAUCUCCAUCACUCUUCCUAGUCUAGAUAAACCCUGAGCAUCGCAUUGCAAAGUGAAUGUUAGUCAUCGGAUUUCCUGGUUGGGACAAGAUUCUUAUUCCCAGUUGUUCUGACAUUGUUUGUGGUUGUGCUGAAUAGCAGGUAGUUUUUUUCUACCAGUUUUCUUAUUUAGAAUAUAGUGAGAUGCAACAAAAAGGCAGGAGGAAAGGUAGAAAAAAAGGAUCAUUUCAGCAUCUGUGAUAUCCAGAGGAGAUGGUAUGAGUCAGCGGGAUUCCUUUCCAAUCACCAUCAUGAAUCUCCCGCCACUCCAACAGCAUUGGCUUCUGAGUGAGCCACAAUGGCGUCUCCUCCCCAUGUUCUAUCCCUCCAGCUCCCAAAGUGUCACAUGAAGCAGCUUUCUCAGCUCUCUGUGCUUAGGUAUCAGGCUUUGAUCCUAAAUCAGACUCGUUGGGGCUGGAAAUGGGUGUCACAGGCUGAGAGGGGGAAUUUGAGAGAAUCCCAAACAGAUUAACCUUUCCGUGCUUUAAUCUGAGUUGGGAUUGUUUCCAGAUGGGAAAGUUGGCUGAUUUUCCCCAUUAUGAUGAUGCUAAAACCUUUGUAACUAACAUGACUGAAUAGUAAUGAGGUGAUGCUGAAUGAAGAAGGUUUGAAUGGAUCAGAGGACAGUGCAAUAGGAAAAUCUGUUCUAAUUUAGCAUCAUGAGAUGUAAGAUGCCCUGGAAUUUCAUUGUAUAUGAUACUGAAACUGUCUUAUUCGCUUGUGGGUUUUUCUCUUUUUCCUGAGGGAAUUUGAUAACAUAACUGGAUAUUAGUUUUUUUAUGAUAGGAUGAAAUUCAGUUUUUUGGUGGCGUUUGAGACAAAUGACCAUUUACUAAAACAAUAAUUUAUUUUUGUGCGUGUCUUUUUCUACACCUCCAUUAUGACAUGGAGGAAGUUCAAGAGCAAUUCAGUCGUCAGGAACGAACACUCAAAGCUAUUGGAUGUGCAACCAGAGAAACAGUAGCAUUUUGAAAUUGUACAUCUAAAUAAGGAACGGAAUUAAACAACACUUUGAUCAUAUAAUUUGUGUGAACAUUGGCUCAGAUGAUUCAAGGACAAUAUUCCACAGUAAGUGAUUCGAAACUAAGCAAAAUGCCCAUGUAUUUGGGUCGAAAGGCAGUUGUGGCCCAGGCCUACCAGGAGGUUACUUCUGAAGAUUUCUCUUUCCUAAUCAAGUGCACAUUGCCUAUUAUUUCAGAACGCAGUUUAGAUCUUUGCAGAGAUGGAGAAAAUGGAAGUGGCAUUUUUGUUGAGUUUACACCUUGUAGAUGCUGCAAAUGUGGAUAAAAUAAAAUCCGUUGUGUGAGUUAGCUGCAGCAGUAGAUCUAUUUUUAAUAGAUACCCCACCUUUAGUAACUUACACAGCUUGUGAACCAGGCCCAUCUGUGCCACCAGAUUAAAUAAAUAAACUGGGCAUGCUUGGCUGGGGAAGCAAUUCCUCACUGUAUGACUACUGAGAUUUUCUGUGAUGUAGUAAAGGAUUCUGCUCCAGAGAAGUAAAAUUUACCCUGACCAUCGCCAAGAAUUAGACUAGAUCUUAAGUAGAAAUAAUAGGCAUCCAGUAUUUGAUUUUUACCCCAGAGAUGGAAACUAGGGUAACCUUAGGCUCAGGUAAACUAUUUAUGUUUAGAACACUACCUCCUAGUUCAGUGGCAGUGAUUAUGGUUCAAAUGAUGCUGUGGUUAGAUAUGGGGGAGUUCUCCUUUACCAUUUGGAUCCAAAGUUUUAUGAGCUAAAGAAAGAAACGGUUGAUGCCUUCAGAGGGCAGUCCUUCCCUAUGGAUCCCAAUCUGACUGUCUUGUUGGAGAACAAGCACUUCCAUGCUGUGCAAGUGAUGAUAAAACAAUGAGGAAAUAAGUGUCAGACUCCCAAGCUCAGACUGCAGGACUGACGAAUGUUGAGUCCUGAUUCUAUGAAUCUGUCUCUCAGUUUUGCUCAUGUAUCUCAUGAAUUUGCAUCACUUCUUCACCUCCUGCUAUUUUGAAAGAUUAAAAUUGUGAAAAUAGAAUACAAGUGGUUUUUUCUCAUGAUGAGAACACAUUUGAGAUGACUUCCACCAAAACUUAUGUCCGAAGACCCAGAGAUAAAUGAGCUCCCAGAAAUAGAAGGCACCUAUGUUAGUACAGAACACAACUUUACACAAAGCUCAUUUGGUGGAAAAGGGGAGUAAGAGAAAACUAACACACAUGAUAAAAUUCUGUACUCUUCAAAUAUGUUGUUACUGGUGAAAAUGGAAUUAAACGAAGUUUAUUGCAGAA